AGAGACUGAGACAUCAUCAUGCUGCUGCUCCUCCUCUUGUUUGGCCUGGCUCUGGGUGCUGCACCUCCUUCAGAAGAUCCUGACUUCAAGCUCCAGCGUGGAGGCUGUCCUCUGUUCUGGUACAGCUUCAACGGCCGCUGCUACAAGUACGUCUCCACUCCCAUGACCUGGGCAGAUGCAGAGAUCCACUGUAUGUCAGAGAGAGCCAACCUGGUGUCCAUCCACAGUCUGGAGGAGCAGAAUUUUGUCAGAAGCCUUGUCAAGAACUUUGACCCUGCUGAGAGAUUCACCUGGAUCGGAUUUAGUGACAUCCACAAAGAAAGAACCUGGUUUUGGUCAGAUGGGUCUGCAGUCAACUUUGCCUUUUGGCACACAGGACAGCCGGACAAUGUUAGUGGGAAUGAACACUGUGCACACAUUAACUUCGGCCCAGACUUGAAAUGGAAUGACGAGGAGUGUGCCGUCGUGCUUCCUUUUGUUUGUGAAGCUCGCACAAUGUGUUAA